CAACAAACAAAACGAAGUUAUACGAUGCGAAGAGGUGCAUACGAUGGCGAAGGUAAAACUGUUUUGCGUUUAUUAAAUCAAGAUGCCGAAAUGGGCCUGAUGAUUAAUUCAUAUAGUCAAGUUGGUUUUUCCCUGAACAAUGGUGUUUCGGUAAUGGGUCCUGUGGCUAUAUUUCCCAGGACCGUUCUAUCUUGGAAUGUAGGAAAUAGUGAAGAUAUAAAUGAGGCUUCAUUAUCUUUAUUUUAUACCUUAGAUCCAAAAUUGGAUGUUCUUGUUAUUGGUAUAGAACAAGAAACUGUUAAUCCCAAGUUAAGGCAGAGGAUUAUAGAAAUUUUAAGACCAAAAAGAAUUAAUGUUGAAGUUUUACCUACUGAUGUUGCAUGCACUACAUUUAACUUUCUUAAUGCAGAAAGUCGCAGCGUUGCUGGGGCAUUAUUACCACCUUUACAUAUUAAAGUAACUGAUAAUGAUUUGUUAAAUAGUAAAAUUAAGCAUAGAAUAUUACAUCAAUCUAGAAUCGACUAA